AUGGCGCCCAUGAUGCUAGUCGGAGACAUCGUCGAGAAGGAGACGGCCCCUGCGAACCCUGUUGUCUUUGACGAUAUCGACGCCGCCACGACAGGCUUCCCCGCACACAAGAAACGCGCCGCCCGCGUCUCGGCCUUCAAGCAGCAACGGCAGGGCAAGCCCACGACAGGCGCACAAGCCGCGGCCGCGACCUCUUCGAUCCAACAAAAAUCCAGCGGCGAUGUCGCAGCAGACUCUCAAAAGUCAUUCGAGGCCGCCGAGCGGCGGAGAAUCGAUCGUGAGAAUAGGCAGAAGCUGGAGGAUAUGAGCCCGGAGGACAUCGCGCAGGAACGGCAGGAACUGCUGAACUCUCUCGACCCGUCUCUCAUCCAACGCCUCCUUGGCAGGGCCAAUAUUGACGAGCAGCAUGGCCCGAAUCCCUUCGAUCCUCCCGCCGACGAAACCAACAAGGAGCCGCCGGCUCCGACGCCAGAGAUUAAGAUCGAGGGCACCUCCCCGCCACCGAAACCCAAGCCAGCACCGAAAUCCACCGCGAAAUCCGUCUCCUUUACCGGAGAAGAGUCGUCAAAGGCAUCGCCAAAGCCCCCGGCCACACACGAAGACAAAGCUCCUGCCGCCCCGCCAGAAGACUUAUUUCCCCUAAACGACCAGCCCGACAAAACGCACUUCCCGCAGGCGCCUGCCCUCCCAGACCUCGACCCCUCGCACCCAGACUUCCUCCAGACCCUCCACGAAAAGUUCUUCCCCAACCUCCCCGCCGACCCGAGCAAGCUCGCCUGGAUGGCGCCCAUCCCCACCGCCGACUCCCCCGCCGACCGCGAAUCUCCCUACUACCCUGGCCAGUCGUCCCUGCCCAUCGCGGCCCUCCGCUUCGACUUCAAGGGCGGGCUGAUUCCGCCCCGCCUGAGCAGAUCGAUCCCCACGUCAAAAGGGCUGCACCACCACGGCCAGGCCCCGGAGGCGGCCGGUUACACGAUCGAGGAGCUGGCCAUCUACGCGCGCAGUGCCGUCCCCGCGCAGCGUUGCGUCGCGUUCCAGACGCUGGGACGGAUUCUAUAUCGGUUGGGCAAGGGCGAGUGGGGAACAGGCGAGGAAGACAGCCUCGGCAGGGGCAUCUGGAGCAGUAUACAGGAAGGACGCGUGCUGGAGAGCUUGUCGGAGGCGGCGAUAGUGGAUGGUGGCCACAGGGGCAGCCGGGCGUACGCGACGGAGGCGCUAUGGCUGUUUGAGAAGGGAGGCUGGAGGGAGCAGUGGUCUGGUAGAUAG